UUAAUGUAUGUGUUAAGAUAUUAAUCUUAUUAAUCUUGCAUUUUAGUUUAGUUUUUAGUUUAUUUCGACAGGCCCCGCCCUGCAAGGAGUCGCGCUAGUUUAUUACACUUGCUAGUACUUUAUCGGAUUUUUUCUGUUUGUUUGUUUUUUUCUUUUUGAAUGACGUCUUUUAGAAUCAAUGCUAGUAAUAAUGUGGCGAUUUAUACAUUAAAUAAAAAUUAUUUAUCUUUUCGGUUUUUUUUUUAUUUUUUUUUUUUAAGCGUAUGCUAGCGUGUGCGCACAGUCGUAAGACAAAAAUAUGACAUUUGACAUGAACGCAUACACAGGCGGUCGACGCAUGCGCAUUAUGACAACUUGCACUACCCCUCCUGGCCUACAAGAGUCAGUACAGAGCAGUAUAGCAGGUCUUUUGACGUGAAGGCCGACAACGAAGAAGCAUCACAGCAACACGGAGAGCAAUGCUUGGGCAAUCUCUCGACACGAUUAACACCCAUAUACAAAUCCUUAUACUCUUUAAGGCAAGAAUUUUACAAAUGCGGGUACUUAUUAACCUGCACUUGUUUCUGUCUCUUCAGUUUAUUACAUUUUUUUAUUCGACUACCUUGAGAAUCAACGGCCCUGGAUUAUUGUUGCCACCUUGUGGAAGAACUAAAUGCAAAAGAUUUCUGUGCGGAUAGAAACAUUGGGCGGCGCGCGUACGCCACUGAUGACGAAAUUUGCGUCAUCACUGUUUUUACUGUACGCUGUUCCUAACGUACGCGUAAAAAAUGAAGCAUACUUUCUGCUAUUGAACUCGGUUCAAUGGCCGCGAGCAGGAAGGUUGCCCUAUCCAAAAUGGCAGCGCGUUUGACGCAGGUGUCACUACCCAAUCAGAUCAUUUCUCGAGAGUCGAACUCGCAGCCAAUCCAAAUACAGGAAGGCGUGGUUUGCUGGAAACCGGCUGGGUGGGAGGAGGGAGGGGCAUUCCACCCACCGCUGUGUGUAUAGGAAAUGAUGUGGUAACUUUUUGAACAGAUGUGUUAGCUAGCAGGCUAGCAAGAAAAGAAAGAGAGAAAAGAAGGAAAGCGCAGACGAGAUGAGCGCCGGAAAGCACAGUGCGGUGUUAGUGUUAAUGAGCUCAGAUAAAAGCGGAGAGUGCUGACAGUUCGAGUUCGAAUGUUAUUAGCAUGUUAGCGCGGAGUUAGCGGACUAGUGCUAGCUGAGGGACUAGUUUGAGCCGCCAUGGUGUUCGCGAGCGGCGGUGUGUCGGAGUCGCUGCAGUGGCUGUGUCUGGUGACGCUGUUCCUCGCCUCGGUGGUGACUUUAAUCAUCUAUUUAGUGCAAUAUUUCGGUGUUUUCCGGAGCCGGACAUGGGCCGGGGGGGAGGAGUGUGAGGAGGCGGACCGGCUGCUGAGCUGGGUGCUGGAGCUGAAGAGCUGGAGGACGGAGUGGAGGAGAGCCUGGAUCCGAGCCCUCAACAGCAGUGCACAGGGAGCGAUCCAGCUGGUGUUUGAGGAGGACGGUGUUCAGUCGUCAGAACUCCGCGUCCAUCGCGUCUCCAGCUUUAAAAGAUCACCUGGACGGAAGGAUGUGCAGUGUGAGGUGAUCGGAGACAAACUGCAGUUUUCUCUCAGCGCUUGUCUGAACUCGGGCUCUACACACCCUCCUCUGAGAUACAGCGUAAAAAUCUCACCGCUACAGCUGCAGCUGGCCCUGCAGAUGACAGAGGUGGAUGGAGAAGUUCAGAUUACAUGGGGACUGGAACAGCUGGACCUGACACACCUGCAACUCACACCCAGUUACACACAGGGACCGUCGGUGUGUGUGAGUGAAGCUGCAGUGAAGAGCACGCUGCAGCAGGUUCUGUGUGAAACACAAGCUUCGGUGACUCUGAGCAGCCGGACUGCGCAGCCUACAGAGCUGAAGGAAGUGAGGAACAGGAUUUCGGAGGUCUCUUCUCCCCCUAAACCCCCUCGCGCUCACCAGUGGAAACUCUUAGUGAAGAACAUCCGGGUCACGUACAGCCAGGAGGAAGGAGCUGCAGGCAGUGUAAGUCCUCAGUGUGUUCUACAGUUAGAUGAUCCUCCUCAGAAGUUGUCCACCUCGGUGCUGAAUAACGCGAGCGACCUGGUGUGGGAUCAGCCCUUUAUCUUCGAACUCAGUGGCAGGUCGAAGGAGCUGAACGUCCAGCUGUUGGAUCAUGGGAAACCUCCAGAGAGCUGUGUGCUCGGGCAGGUGUGUGUGCCAUUUAACCUGGUGAAGAGGAUCCCAAGAGGACUGCAGACUUUCACACUGAUGAACACACACCAAGUAAUCGGAUCACUGACAACUGAGCUGUCCUACCUGGAGCCGUGUGAAGUGCGCACUUGGCAGCCCCCUACUCCGGCGCCUACCAAACGAGUGGAAAUGGACAGAACCGUGAUGCCGUGCGGUACCGUCGUCACCACCGUCACUGCGGUGAGGAGCAGACCGGGACGUCCGCUUCCGACAGAACCGAUGAAACCUCCAUCCAUAGCCAAGCUGGCGGAGAGGCGGGUGUCUGAACAGCCUUCGGUACUGGGAGCUAAAGUCAGCAAAGCCUUAUCUUCAUCAGAUACAGAGCUGCUGAUGCUGAACGGGACCGACCCGGUGGCCGAGGCUGCCAUCAGACAGCUGUACGAGUCGGCUAAGCAGAAACUCAAAUCUCCUGUCAAAAAGAGCACCAUUAUCAUCUCUGGAGUGGCAAAGGCGCCUCUGUCUCAGGACGAGGAGAUGACUCUGAUGGCCAGCUACGCUGCUGCGAUGGACGCCUCCAUGGCCGAAUCGCCCGAGUGCGCGAGACAGGAAACAGAGACACUCUCUGAGCACUGCGUCUCAGACACGACCGAUCCAUUGGAGGGUCCGAGCGGAGCAGACUGGGAGAGUCAGACCGGAGAGGAAUCGGACAAGGCCUCGCUCUCCCACAGCGUCUCCGAGACCGUAUCCAAAAAGGGAAAAGGCAGCUUCCUCCAUAAGGGCGCCCGGCUGUUUUUCAGGCGCCGGCAGCAGAGGAAGGAGCCGGGGAUGAGUCAGUCCCAUAACGACCUGCAGUAUCUAGAGCAGGCCGAGGAGAGACGCACGGCCACCUUCAAGCGCAUCCUCAACCGCAAACCGCUGCACAAACACAAGAGCAAAGCCAACGGUGUCCAGACGUCAGACCUCCAUCACCCUCACUAACACCCUCUCUCACACACACACACACACACACACACACACACACACACACACACACAUUCUCACACACUCACACAAUCUCUGUCUCCAAAAUGACACGCAAGUUCCAAGCGGUAUUCCAAUGCUAAUCCGGAUAGACACGCUGAACCUCACGCUAAUCUUUACGCUAUUCCACACACCCUGCCCAUCAGAAGGACGUCAACGAUACGUAUCGAAGUCACGCGCUACCACUGGGGCGAUAUAUCGGGAUGACGAGGUACCGCGAUGAGGUAUCUGAAACUGUUAUAUCGUUACUCUCCGUCUUCAUAUCUAUCCUCAGCGGAUAUUCCUGCUAACGGGUUUCUGACAUUACCUGGGUGAUAAAGUGAUGAAAAUAUUAAUCCUGCGUGCUAAAGUGUGUAUUAUAAUCUGAUCACGUGCAACGACGUGGCUGCCGCGCACACGUGUCUUUUCUGAUAAAGAUGGCCACCUGUAAACGUAAAGAAUCUGAAUGCGCUCUCUCUAUAUAUAUA